CAUAGACGGCGUCAAGUAACAGGUUGUUAGGACUCCCGAGGAUGUGGAGCAUGUAAGGAUGCCCAACCUAACGCUUCCUCCUUACUUUAACCUCACAAUAUUCAUAAACAUCGGCCCGUACCGCUACCCAGCACUGGUGUCAUUCCUCCUCCUCUACGUCUUCAUCGUGUGCGCCAACUGGGCCGUCCUGGUGACCAUCUGCCGCGAGAAGACCCUUCACGAGCCCAUGUACGUUUUUGUGGCCAGCUUGUGUUUCAACGCCUUGUACGGCUCCACGGGCUUCUUCCCCCGCUUCCUGCUGGACCUGGCGUCCGACGUUCACCUGAUCUCACGUGUGGCCUGCUUUACACAGAUCUACUUCAUCUACACGUACGGUGCCAACGAAAUGACCACGCUGUGCGUCAUGGCCUACGAUCGCUACCUGGCCGUGUGCCAUCCGCUGCACUACCACACCAGGAUGACGGUGAAGAAAGCCCUGACCCUGGUCAGCCUGGCAUGGCUCAUUCCCGCCAUCUUUCUCACCACACUCAUCUACCUGUCCGCAACGCUGCCCCUCUGCGGCAACGAGAUCCACAAGGUGUUUUGCGCUAACUGGAAUGUAGCGAAGCUGUCAUGCGUGUCCACGAUGGUCAACAACGUGGUGGGCAUGUUCAUGAGCAUCUGCACCGCUUUCCUUCCACUCGCGUUCGUUCUCUACACAUACACACGCAUCAUAAGCAUGACUUGGAGACGCUCGGCCAAAUUCAAGGGCAGAGUUUUCCACAGCUGUUUGCCCCACAUGAUCUCUGUUCUCGUUUAUUCCAUCACCGCGUUUUGCGAUAUUGUGCUGAGCAGGCAAAAUGUGAAGGAGAUGAACGCUUAUGUUGCCAUCAUCUUAUCGCUAGAGUUUGUGGUUAUUCCGCCGCUUCUCAACCCCCUGGUGUACGGGAUGAAGCUAUCAGAUAUACGUAAACGCAUCUUCAAGAUAGUGUGA